GUCAAACAUGUACGGGAGGGUGAGCAAGGGUAACAGAGUGGUCAUUCGCUAUUGGCUGUAAGUGAACAUCACGUGACUCUUACCGCUUCGUUCACAUAACGGGCCAGGGAAAGGCUCGAGUUUCGGAGCGUGGGCGGUAUUAGAAAAUUCUUGCCGGACACUGAGCCGGACUCUUGAAUUCCAACAUCCUGCGAAAAUCCAUACCAUCAGAACUUCAAUUGGAUUUCUUUAAAUUUUCCAAACACCGAAGAAGCUCACCAUGAACCCUUCUAGCAAUCUGUCGUCAGACUACAGGCCAUACAGUGGUGGCCGACCCGCUUGGGCAGUGGCUGAUGGUGCAAGUGACUCUGGUCGGGAUCUUGAAGAUCAGUACGAAAGCGAUUUAGUUGAGCAUCGAGCGGAUGUUGUUCCAGAACCAGAAAGGACAGGAUGCUGGUAUAGUUUCGUCAGGGUCAUCAGAGGCCUGUGGGCGACACGUCAGAUGAAAGGCAAAGAAGAUGAUAAGGAAUGGUACGUGAAAACUACUCUUCGAGAACUCUUCACCUACAUAGUCUUUCUAGUCCUUCUCUCUAUCAUGACCUUUGGAAUGAUGAGUCCGACCAUGUAUUACCAGACAAAGGUAAUGAGUGAACUCUUCUUAGAUUCUUCGUUUGCGGAUAAUUCCGGCAGCAUGAGGGAAGCUACACAAAUGACGGAUUUUUGGAAGUUCGCAAAAGACGUAUUAGUGGAGAAUUUGUACUGGGAGAACUGGUACAACGACCAGGAGACGAACAACGACGACCGGAACAUUUUAUACGAAAACAGACUCCUGGGCUCACCCCGAAUCCGACAGCUGAGAGUCCGCAACGAUUCAUGCAACGUCCAUUCAGAUUUCAAAAAGGCCAUAACUCAAUGUUACGACGUUUAUUCACCUCACAUAGAAGAUACGGAGCCGUUUGGACUCAUGAACGGCAGCGCGUGGGUUUACCACACCGAAAAGGAGAUGAACGGGUCCAAUCACUGGGCAUUACUAGCUACCUACAGCGGCGCAGGAUCUUACCGGGACCUAGGAACUACCAAAAAACAGGCGCUGGCUCGCCUGGAAAUACUUCGGCAAAACUUGUGGAUUUCUCGCGCCACCAGAGCAGUCUUCGUAGACUUCACCGUUUACAACGCAAAUCUCAACUUAUUUUCCGUCAUUAAGUUAGUUUUCGAAUUCCCAGCCACGGGAGGUAUGAUUCCAUCGUGGAGCUUCCGAACUGUGAAGCUGCUGCGUUAUGUCAACCCAUACGAUUACUUCAUCAUGGCUUGCGAAGUUUGCAUUGUACUUUUCAUACUUUACUACAUCGUAGAAGAGUCACUCGAAAUCAAGAAGAAUGGCUGCGUGUAUUUCUAUGAUGUGUGGAAUAUUCUCGAUCUUGUUGUUAUAUUGGUAUCUGUUAUAUGCAUCGCUUUCUCUGCAUUCCGAACGGUAGUUGUGGACAAUAUGCUAGAGGAGCUUUUAAGCCGGCCUGACAUAUUUCCGGAUUUCGAGUUCCUGGGUUUCUGGCAGAUGCAAUUCAACAAUGCUGUGGCCGUUGACAUUUUCAUUGCAUGGAUAAAAGUUUUUAAAUACAUCAGUUUCAACAAGACCAUGACACAACUUUCCUCUACUCUAUCUAGGUGUUCUAAAGACAUCGGAGGCUUCGCUGUCAUGUUCUUCAUCGUUUUCUUCGCUUUUGCUCAACUGGGAUACCUCCUUUUUGGCAGCAUUGUGAAAGAAUUUAAUACUUUUGGCACAUCUGUGUAAGUACUUUUCA